GCCACUUCCUCCUCGCCGCGUCCCUGAGCUGUGUGGAGGAGAUGGAGGGCGGGGGGUCUGUCCGCUCCCUCGGGCUCGCUGUGAGCGCCGCGCUGUUGCGCACCCGGGCAGUGCGAGACAAAAGCGGGGGUUAAACAAACUGAAGGAGGUUACGUGCUCUUGCUGUUCCUAUCCCUGACCCCGCGCUCCAAUUGCCUUAGGGUUGAAGGGCUGGAGAGUCAUCCUUGUCUGAGCAGGAAAUUUCCCUGGCAAUUGCAAUUCCAGAUUCUGUGCGGUACCAAGACACGGUUUAGCAUGUAGUUUUUGCCUAAGACCUGGUGCCUGCCAGUUGAGUGAGAAAGAUUGCCUCUCAGGAGCAUUGCAUACCAAAUGUAAAAGUGGAAGCUCCCUAGUUUACAAAGAGUCAGAGUUUACAGAAACUGGAAGAGAGAAGAGCAUCAAAUCUAGUGGUGUCCAAAAAAGUUUGAAAAACUGGGAUUGUUUUGAUGGUGAGCAAGAUUAUUUUUGUGGUUCACGUGGUGUAGGAGUAGAAGAAAACAGCAUUAUUUGCUCUGAAACUGAUGCAAUUCAAAAUACCACUAUACCCAUGGGAACAGGCCUCACUUUGCCAUCUCAUUUGGCUGCAAAUACUCAAGAAAAUAGGGACCAAAUUAUCAACCAUGGUUUGUUAAAGAAAAUUGUGCAUGGAACUGGUGCUCAAGCAUGCAAUAGGCAAGGUUUAAUACCUCCUCAUAUUAGUCAAAUUUAUGAUGAAUUAUUUGUCAUACAUCAGAAGCUGCAGAGAGAAAGUUCAGCACAGCAGGAGUAUGCUCUGCAACUGCAGAAACGAGAGCGUUGUCUAACAGAACAAGAAGCAUUGUUUUUUCAACAGGAAGGAGCUUUGGCUAAAAUAAGAGGUGUUGAGGAAGAAGUUCACACAAAAAUUGCAGCUAUGAAAGAGCAACAUGAGGCAGAAGUUAAGCAGCUGACAGAAGCCUUGAGAGAAAUAACUAAAGAAAAUAGGAGGCUGAAGUCAUCAUUUGACAACUUGAAGGAAGUGAAUGACUCUUUAAGAAAACAGUUAUGUGAUGUAACUGACUUGAACAAGAAGUUGGAAGAUCAAGCACGAAGAGUACAAGCUCGUUUGGAGAAUCUACAACUACCGGUGAAUUCACAAGUCUAUGAGCUCUUAACUUAUCUUAUGGAUUGGAUCUCUGACCAGCAUCUUAGCAAAAUAAAAACACAAGAAGAGAGAGAGGGCAGUCAUAAACAUAUGGUUACCCAGAGCUCAAAGCACUCCUGUACUCAGGAAAAGUGUUUGAAGGUUUUGCCUAUAGUUACUGAGCAGCUCCAGUGGAUGCCAUAUGUGAAUCCUAAACUGCAUGUGCCUGUGAUUAAAUUUAUUUACUGGUCUAUAAGGCAGUUAGACACUGAUAUGCAGCAUGCAACAAGAUCCACCAUGAGGAGACUUGGUGAAGAUAUUUUUAAAGGCAUAGUGAGUAAGGGAAACCCACACGGUUCUUCUGAACAGUCUACAGAAAGUAAAUCAAAGUCAGCAGCUUUCUUUAAGAGUUUCUGUAUGCCUCUGAGGUUUCUGUCAACUUUGAUUGUGCUUAAAACAGUGAGACAAGUGGAUUACCUGGCUCAGGCAUUUGAGUCCCUUCGUGUAGACUUGAAGACAGAUGAAGGGAGGGCCUUAUUUUUGGAAUACCAAUGUGUGCCUGUCAUAUUAAGUCACCUAAAAGUAUCCAGUGCAAGUCUGCUUUCCAGUGCUCUUGAUGGAUUACUUCAGAUGACCGUGGAAUCUGGUUCAUUACAGCCUUUCCUGGAAGCCUGCAGUAAUGAAUCCUUCUUCCGGACUUGCUCUGUAUUGCUUCAAAGUUCUAAGCUAGAUAUUGCAGUUUUGGAAAAGCUCAGUGUUAUACUGCAAAAACUCUCCAGAAUAAAAAGCAAUAAGAAGAUGUUUAAAUUGUUUGGCCUUCAUCAGCUAUUCCGAGAACUACGUAGAACUGUAGAUCCAGGUCACACCUUCCUCUGUAUAAACCUCAACUCAAUUCUGCUGAAUUUGGAAUUCUUGAGGAGUAACUCUCUUUCCCCCAGUCUAAGCUCAAGUGACUAGUUUUCAGUCUGUAUAAUUUAUACCAACUGCCAUUGUUACUUGAAAUUUGGAGUUGGAUUUUUUACUGAUUUGUAUAAGUAUAUUAAGCAGCAUCUCAGUACCGUGUAUCGUGUGGAUUCUCACUUAUAUUUCACUCAUUCAUAAAAAGGAAAAUGAAAAACUUUGUAAUAUGCUGGAUGUGGCUUUCUUCAAUAUUUUCUAUAGAAGUGAAAUAAUGUUGCUGUUGUGAAUGACUUGUGCAAUGUAAGCAAUUGAAUCCUUAAAGUAAGCAGAUCAGAAAUGCCAGUCUUUCCUUACAGGUAUGAAUCUUUCUUACUUUUGACUCUUCAGAGAGUUUUAUAAAUUCUGUAAUUUAUUUUAUGGUUGAUAAGUAGCAGACAAGUAUCUUUUGAUAAUCCUGCAAACUAGAUUUUAAUUUAACAUGUCCAGAUGUAUUGGAUGAGAAAUUUUGUUGGUUGGUUUCAGAAUUUCUUAGAGUUUGAUCUUUUCCUGUAUUUAAGCAACAUUUAGUAUUUUAUCUGCUUUGUAUAGUGCAACUUUGGAUGGUAGUAUCUUUGCAAAUGUAAAUAAAAGCAUUUCUUAAAAUGUCUGGCAAUAGUAAUCUGUGCCAUAAAAUUAUUGUAUUUCACUGCUUCUGCUAUAUUUUGUGUUAUAUUGCAAUACCAUCUUCACAGUACCCACUUUUCUGAGUAUGAAUAUAUUUUUUGUCUGCCACAGUUCA